UAAGUUGGCUGAUUCUGGCAGCAAGACAAAUCUAGCACCACACAGCAGGCAGGCAGAGAGUGCACUGCUCAUCCUUUCGGUUUUGUCAGUGUAUGGGAAUGCUGGACAUCAACACACAGCGAGGGAUUCGGCCGAAAGCACUCCUCCUCGCUGUCUGAACCCUGCUGCUUUCACCCCCGGUUGGAAGAUACAGAUGUCAGAAGCCGAGACAGACAAGGUAAAAAUUAAACCAGCAGAUAGUUUUGAACAUGAGAAGCAAAAUAUUUCUUGGCUGAAGAAAGAACUGGACAGCCCCAUCCCACAGCCCCUUGGAGAUUCAGACAGCUGCACCAGCUCCCUGCCUCUCCCGGCGCUCCCCGGGGUGACGCCGAGCAGCGAGGACCAUCCAGAUAACCAGCUUACAAAUGAAAAACAUACAGAUGAAAAGCCUAUGAAAGGUAUUGUUAUGAGUUCUGUCGCAGAAUUCAGCAUCACAGACACUUCAUCAAAGGGUACCAAAAAGGAGAAGAAAUUGUCAGAUGCAAGCACAUCAUCCAUUGCUUCCCUGGAGAAAUGCAGAGAAUUCACUUACAUUGAAGAUGACGCAUCAGUACAUCAGAGAGACAGUGACGAUGAAUGCGCAACACUUAUCCUGGCCUGCUUGUUCUGCCAAUUUUGGGACUUUCUUAUAAUGCUGCCUGAUACCUGUGAACAUUGGCUGACAGAUACCUGUUGUCCAUCCAAUAGAUACUACCAGACGUCCAACGAAGACCAUGCCAACAACGACUGCAACUGUGACUGUGACAUUGAUUGCAGCCUUUUUGAGUCCUGCCACGAGACUGGUGAAUGCCUGGAACUUGCCAUGGAGAUUUCCGAAGUCUGCUAUCGCUAAUAGGAAACUAAGUGACAAAAUUCCUCAAAACUGCCUGAAAAUGAGCUGACAGAGUACGAAGGAUUUUUUUUUUUUUUUUUUUUUUUUUUUUUUUUUUUUUUAAGAUAACAACAAUAAUAACCAGAGUGUUUGCCAACCAGGACUAUGUGCAUCAUGCUGCUCCCACCCUGGAGGUCCGUAUAUCUGUACCAUUCUGGUUGUAUGAUUUCACAAACUGCUGAAACCAAUAAAGGGCAAAAAAGGGGUCUUCUCCUUUGCCAUAGACGACAA